AUGAGUCAGCAAGGUCACUUGGGUAUACUUUGCGUGGAUGUCAGUGAGGUGUUGAAGGCAAACGAGCGCCGAAAGGUGGAGCGGCGGGAGAACAUGGUGCUGUACAAUGGCUCGUACCUUAUCACGGGGCCUGUCCCUUUGGGGACUCCGCGGUCAUCAUCAGUUGCACGCACCCCGUCCAACUCUGUGGCACGUGGAAGUUCUGUCAAUAGUUCCGUGAAGAUGAGCGACCAAACCCCUCAGUGGAGACGACGCAGAAGCUCAAGAUGGAGGCGCCACAAGAAGACAAGUAGCAUCGACAAAGAAGAUCACCAUCACGAAUCCUCUGGGGAUGAGGCGAUGCCACCGAUCACCAGUCCUUGUCCUGCUCGGCGAAGAAAGGGUAAACGUAUUGUGGAAGCUGGACAUAGCAGUGUGGUGGGGCCUGGAAAACAAAGGCUGCCUGUGCGAGCAUCACAUGAUAGGUCUCAGAGUGCUGGCUCCUCUUUUUCGGCAUGGCGCCGUGGUCAACAACACUAUGCACUGAUGGAUCGCCUCGACGUUGAGCCACUUAAGCCUAUUAUCGCAACACCUGCGGCCCUGUCGCACAAUGAACCGCAUCCGAAGCAACAAGACCCUCGAGAACACGACAAGCAUCCACGACUAUCACUAACCCAAUCAAGACAAAAAGAGAGGGAAAUCCCGCGUUCGCACGACAGUACGUCACCGCUGUCGGAUUCUGCCGGGCGGGGACUGGACUGUGUCUUGGAAUCCUUGCAGUGGCGUGCGUGGCAGAAUAGUCCGAUGUCCUAUCGACCUCUGUUGAACAUGAGCAGGACCAGCGAUUACCACCGUCAGGAUGAGCGUAGGGAUUUGGAGGAGGACACCAGAAGUGGUUCUCCGUCGAGAGUUGAUGCACCUGUUACCGCCGUGGGUGGGGGUACUACCUUGCAAACAUGGGGGUCACCGCUUUCGUUGCACAAAAAGUCCGCUGUGCGUCACGUAAAGGCUGGUGCGGAAAUGGGCCUCCAUUCCUGUUUGAUACGUGACAGUCGCGGAACGGAACGAGUGGUGCUUCUGGGUGUCGUGCCAACGUUGCCAAGGCCUGUGGCGCAGUUUCCUCCUGUAACACGCGGAAUGGCGGCAGGGAGGACGUUGCCGCCUGCAGUUCGACGCGCAGCGCGUGUUGUGGCAGAGCCCACAAGGAGGCCCAAACGUUUCUGA